AUGAGUGGGCGGGCCCGCGUGAGGGCGCGAGGCAUCUCCCGGAGCUCCAGAGCCUCAGAAAUGGGGCGUCCCCAGGCCUCGCCGCAGCUUACAUCUGCUGAUCUCAGUGAUAAUGAAGCAUCAUCUCACAGUGGCUUCGUGGGAACAAGUGGGAUUUCACAGCAAUAUAAAGGUGGCAUAUCUUCUGGUGAUGCUGGAUGUACCUUCAUGGAAAGAGGUGGGAAAAUCAGACGGGACUUCAUGGAUUUGGGUGUGUGUACCAGAGAGAAGUUGGCCCAUGUGAGAGACUGCAAAACAGGUUCCAGUGGAAUACCUGUGAAACUGAUCACAAAUCUCUUUAGUUUAGAUUUGCCCCAGAACUGGCAGCUAUACCAAUAUCAUGUGACAUAUAUGCCAGACUUAGAAUCUAGAAGGAUGAGAAUUGCUUUGCUUUAUAGUCAUAGGGAACUUUCCAACAAAGCCAAAGCAUUCGAUGGUGUCAUCCUUUUUCUCUCACACAAGCUAGAAGAAAAGGUCACAGAAUUGUCAAGUGAAACUCAAAGAGGCGAGACUGUAAAGAUGACUAUUACUCUGACGAGGGAGCUGCCAGCAAGUUCCCCCGUGUGCAUCCAGGUCUUCAGUAUCAUCUUCAGAAAGAUCUUAAAAAAGUUGUCCAUGUACCAGAUUGGACGGAACUUCUAUAAGCCUUCUGAGCCAGUGGAAAUUCCCCAGCACAACUUGUCCCUUUGGCCCGGGUUCUCCAUUUCUGUAUCGCAGUUUGAAAGUCGGCUCCUGUUUAGUGCUGAUGUGAGUUAUAAACUCCUCCGGAAUGAGACUGUUCUGGAAUUCAUGACUGGUCUCUGCCACCAAACCGGCAUGUCUGGCUUUCCCCAGAUGUGUGAAAACCAGCUGAUUGGGCUCAUUGUCCUUACAAGGUAUAGUAACAAAACCUAUCGUAUCGAUGACAUUGACUGGUCAGUGAAGCCCACGCAUACCUUUCAGAAGCGGGAUGGCACUGAGAUCACCUAUGUGGAUUACUACAAGCAGCAAUAUGAUAUUACCCUAUCUGACCUAAAUCAGCCGAUGCUUGUUAGUCUGUUGAAAAGCAAGAGAAAUGACAACCCUGGGGCUCGGAUGGCCCACCUGAUACCCGAACUCUGCUUUCUAACAGGGCUAACUAGCCAGGUAACCUCUGAUUUCCAACUGAUGAAGGCUGUAGCUGAAGAAACGCGUCUCAGUCCUUUGGGAAGGCAGCAGCGCCUGGCCAGGCUUGCUGAUGACAUCCAGAGAAACAAGGAUGCUCGUUUUGAGCUGGAAACCUGGGGACUGCAUUUUGGAUGCCAGAUGUCUUUGACUGGCCGGGUCGUACCUUCAGAAAAAAUACUAAUGCAAGACCACAUAUGUCAACCAGUGUCUGCUGCUGAUUGGUCCAAGGAUAUGCGAACUUGCAAGAUUUUAAGUGCACCAUCUCUGAGUAAAUGGUUGAUUAUAUGUAGUAACAGAGCUGAAAAUGUGACUGAGAACUUUCUGAGUUGCUUGAGAAGAGUUGGAAGUUCCAUGGGAUUUAAUGUGGACUACCCCAAAAUCAUAAAAGUACAAGAAAAUCCAGCUGCAUUUCUUAGCACUAUACAGAAACAUGCUGAUCCUGAUGUUCAGUUGGUAAUGUGUAUUCUGCCUUCUAAUCAGCAAAACUAUUAUGAUUCCAUUAAAAAAUAUUUGAGCUCCGACUUUCCAGUCCCGAGCCAGUGUGUGCUUGUUCGGACCUUGAAUAAACAGGGAAUGAUGAUGACUCUGGCCACCAAGAUUGCCAUGCAAAUGACCUGUAAACUCGGAGGCGAGCUGUGGGCUGUGGAGAUCCCUUUAAAGUCCCUGAUGGUAGUUGGUAUUGAUGUCUGUAAGGAUGCAUUCAACAAGGGAAUGUUGGUGGUUGGAUUUGUGGCCAGUAUCAACCCCAGAAUCACCAGGUGGUUUUCCCGCUGUAUCCUUCAGAGAACAACAACUGAUGUUGCAGACUGCUUAAAAGUUUUCAUGAUCGGAGCACUCAACAAAUGGUACAAGCACAAUCAUGGUUUGCCAGCACGGAUCAUUGUAUAUCGUGACGGCGUAGGGGACGGUCAGCUGAAAACACUUAUUGAGUACGAAGUCCCACAGCUGCUGAGCAGUGUGGCAGAAGCAAGUUCAAACACCAGCUCCAAACUGUCAGUGAUCGUGGUCAGGAAGAAGUGCACGUCACGAUUCUUUACGGAAGUGAACCACACCAUACAGAACCCGCCACUUGGCACCGUGGUGGAUUCGGAAGCGACUCGUCCUGAAUGGUAUGACUUUUACUUGGUCAGCCAGGCCGCCUGUCGGGGAACUGUCAGUCCCACCUACUAUAAUGUCAUCUAUGAUGACAACGGCUUGAAGCCCGACCACAUGCAGAGACUUACAUUCAAACUGUGCCACCUAUACUACAACUGGCCGGGCUUAAUCAGUAUCCCAGCACCAUGUCAGUAUGCCCACAAGCUGACCUUCCUGGUGGCACAAAGCAUUCAUAAAGAACCAAGUCUGGAAUUAGCCAAUUCUCUCUUCUACCUGUAA